AAUUUAGCCAACCAAAAAAGUACAGUAGAACUAAAAGGAAAGCAAACGAAAACGCUUUUAUAUUUUAGUACAAAGAAAACGGAGAAGAUUGCAAAAAAGGGCCAUUCAUAAUUACUUUUAUCAAAUCAUGUUUGGUGGAGGCAGAAGCAUGGGAGGAGGGAUGUUAAGAACAGUUGGGAGAGCAGUUACGAGAACUGGAGUUACAAAUCUCCAAGAACCCAUUUCAUCAUCUUCUUCUUCAAAUUCCACUACUACUACUGCUCCUACUUCGCCUAGAAGGACUACCCAGAGCAGGCAUAACUCUCCCAAUCAUCUCUCCUUGUCUGCUAUCACUUCGUCUUCACCUUUUUCUCCGCAUAACGUACCCGUUACGGCUUAUGGGGUGCCCACCUGGCCCUCUUUUGGGUGUGAGGAUUAUGAGUGGGUGUCUGUGGAUGGUGAUGAUGGAAAGUCUCAUGAUGACUUUAUUCUUGGUUCUGUUCCUUCCGUUGAUGAAGUUAAUAACGCUGUCUCUGCGCUUCAACAGGCUUUCGACCCUGCUUCAUACUCCCUCGUGAGAGAUAAGUAUGCCUAUAAUUUGGACAAGGAUGCUGAGUUGGAUUGGGUAGAGCCCUCACUGCAUCUGAGUAAUUCAAGAAUGUUGCAGCCUUAUGGACCUGACAGAGUUUAUGAUGCUUUUCAUUUAUUACAGACGGAGCCAUCUAUUCAGAGAAUGGUCGUUUCAUUAUCUUCAGAUCAAGCUGUUUGGAAAGCUGUUUUGAACAAUGAAGUGGUUCGGGAACUGAAGGAGUCUUUCUAUGCAGCAGCUGAAGACAGCGAAUCAGAGUGUUCAACUGAGAUUUGUGAUGACUCCAACCCUGCAAUGAAUAUCAUCAAGUGGAUUUUUCACAACACUAAGGCCAGACUCAUUGAAGUAAUUGAUAAAAUUACUCAUAUCGUGAAUGAGGUGUUCAAGCCUUCUGAUGACGAGACGCCAACAACAGGAUCUAAAACAGCAGGAGCUACAGAUCCAUUUGAGGAAAAGCUGAGAACUUCAUUCCUUCUAUCCGUCAUGGUGCUGUUGUUUGUGGUUGUGACUAGAGCUGGCAGGGCUUGACUGUAAUUUGACGACAUGACAGGUAAUACAUUCUGGUAGGGUGACUUGUACUGCUAGUCUUAUAUAUGAAGUUAUGCUUGUAAAAUUAAAAACAAUGAAAGUAGGGAGACUGAAGUUAGCACAUUGAUGUGCAGUAUGUAAUGAUAUGAAUAUUGGGACGUGUUUAUAUUUUGUAAAGAGAGUGACUUUGACUC